ACUUAGCACACAUCGCAUCCCUUCGCUCUCUGCAUUUUCUCUUUCCGUCUGUGCGUCUGUCUAUAUACCUCCACUCUAUCCAAGUGUCUCUCUAACCUUCCAUAAAGUCAUCUCACUACUUUGCUCCACACGCAGAAAAAAACAGAAAAGAACAGAAAAAGUUUUUUCACUUCUACUUGUCUUCUCUGGACACAUUUUGCUCCUCAUUUUGACUGACAAGGAUAACACUGACUGGAGUUUCAUAUUUAUUGAUUUUGCCUGCUGAUUGGGGGUUGUGUUGGAUUUCAACCAAUAUGAAAUUGCUGCUGGACUCCUCCUCGUCUCUGCUCUUGUCGCUGCUGUUGGCCCAGCUGCCUGUCUUCAUGUCUGCCUCCCCGAUGCCUCAGCGGCGGCCCGGUGACAUGGACAAGCUGUCCAAUCAGACCAAAAAUCUCAUGAAGCUCACCCAGGAACUGCUGAGGGCGCAUGCUUUCGACUCUGACGUGGAACCCCACAGGUUCAGGUCUCUGCCAGAAAUGAGCAACAGAUCGGCCAAUGAUCUCCACAACCUUCAGCUCAAGCCAACACUCUCUCAGCUCCAUGCCGACCUGAAGCUGUACGAGCACCACUUUGAGUGGCUGAACAAGGUCUCCAAGAAGCACCACCACCCCGCGCUGCCCAAGCUGGUGGAAGUGAUCAAGGAGAUGAAGUCGCUCAUCAACCUGCUGCACCAUCAGAUGCUGAGGGUUCAAGCGCCGAAGCUGACCCCGGCUCCCCCCUCCCUGCCCCCAGAGCUCUCCUACCAGUUUGACGUGCUGCAGUCAAGCCAGGAGCUCCUCCAGCACUUCAAGCUCUUCUGCGAUUGGGCAUACAGAGCCUUCAUCAGCCUCAAGACCAAAACCUCUGCAGUUCAAUGAUGACUUGGUCAACGUGAGCGGCGGCAGAGCGAGAGGACACGCAGACAGGGGCCCUGCCUCGGGCAGAAAAGUGAACCAAGAGACCCCAGAGGUAUAAACAUCAUCAGCGAGCCAAAGAGCAUACGCUGUAGAGCGACUAGGACACCCUUCUGCAGUUCAACCUUAUUUCCUCAACCCUGACCAUGUUAUUUAUCUAUUUAUUUAUUUAUUGACUGUCAGUCCUUUAUUUAAUGUUAUUUAUUUGAAGUUGUGUGUCACUCUCAUCUUUGUUUCUUUAUUGACGUGAAUCCUUUUUCCUUGUGCCUAAGGUAGCGCUUCCUGUCUUCUUCUUUCACUGACUAUUUUAUUUUAUUCUUCCAGUAGAUUUGACACAGUCACGUUUAGUUUUGGGUUUUUUUUUGCAAUUUGUCACACAGCAGUGCCCUUCAAGUGAGUGCAGCUUUCAUCUAACUCAAUGAUCCUCACCUGGUGGGUCGGUGAGUUGCUGCUAAAAAUAACGUGAUGACCCGAUGUCCCCUAAUGCACCUGUCGGGCCAGCGGCCUAACCGUCGUCAAUAUAAACCGUGGUCACUUUUCAUUGACAAGUGAUGGUGGGGCCUCCGUGGCCAAACCAGUUGAGAAGCAGCUGUCUCAGUACUCUGCAAAAGUCAACAUGGAGGCGUGAUGAAGACAAGUGCAGGCUUUUUAGUAGCAGAAACGGUGUUUCCGUGUUUAAAUGGCUGUUUCUUUGCAUGGGAAGCAUCUCUAAUGUGGUCAAGUGGCUUGUAUGGGCGCUGCUGCUGAGCACUGAUGGUCCUGAUUAGAUUCUUUGCACAGACUUGUAGGAUCAGCCUCUUGGAUGUAGAGAUGGCUGAUUUUUAUAAUAUGUUUUGGGAGUUUUAAAAUAAAGAUUUUUUAAAAGUUAAACACUAAAAGUUAGGGGUGCACGAUAAUUAUCCAUCCGAUAUGAGUGAAUUCUGACACUAUCUGAUAACUAUAUUCCAAAUAGCUCCAAUAAGAAACAAAUGCUCCAAUGACACUCCAAUGAGCAAAUCAAGUGCUCCUUUUUUCUCUUGCCUGUGACGUUAAUGGCCCGUCAUAACUUCCCCUAAACUCACUUGUUUGCCAGAGACCUCUGUGGCGUCACACCGGCUUCUCGGAGUGUGUGUCCGAAUACUCUGUAACCUUCCUGGGCCACAGCAGGUGACUCCUCCCCCAUCAUUCUCCACUUCUCCUGAUGGUAGUGAUGUGCUAGUAGUCAUCUCAUGAUUAUUCAUUAGAACAAUCAUCAGGUGCACUUUGGUCUAAUCUUAAUUUGUUCCAGUCCUUCUUACCUCCAGGUGUACACAAACUACACUUACAUCUACAUUUUCAAAAAGUAAAUAUUAACAAGUCAUCUUUUGGUUAUCAGUAUCAUAUCGGUCUUGAGAAGCAGAGCGUUAUCGGUAUGGGUUUGAUAUCGUGCAUCCCUACUAAAAGUCUUAAAAUACUAUGUAUUGUGACACUCGUGUUUGUAAGGUGUACAUAAUUGUACAUGAAUGUAAAUGCUUGUACAGUGCUUUUGCGUAUGAUGUUGUCUUCUACAAUAUAAUUCAGACGACCAAUUUUGUCACUAUCAUGUUUUUGUUCAUUCCUAUCUAGUAUUUGUUACAGUAUUGGCUAUUUAUUUAAGUCACUUGGUGGAACUAUUUAUUUUUGUGCUGCAAGGGAGCAAGUCUCCUAUCUUUUUAUACUUUUAUACAGUUUGUAUUCCUAUCUACUACAAUUAUAAUGUUUAAAUUAUUGUAACAUCGAGAUGCCUCUUCCAAACACUGAUUGGCCUCAAUGUGAAAUCCGUGCCUUGGUGAAAUAAAUACUACAGAAUGU